AAAGCAAGUAGAGUAAAAGAGAAGAAAACAAUAUGAUCGUUGAGUACGUCGUCAAACAUAUUCAUAGUAAUAUAGAACAGCAUGGGGAAUAAGUCUUAAUUAAAAUUUAUUUUAAGUAUUUAUAUGUUAAUAGAAGUUUAAUAUAUGAUAAGAUUUAUUAUAAAGCUGAACGAAUAAAACAAUAACAAACUAUUGGCGCUCGGACGCAGUGAGUGAAACUACCUCGGGGGAGAUUAGUGACUUCCAUCCCUUGAUUAAAAAUGUACUAUGAACGCGAACUGUAGAGAAGUAUCUCGUUUUGGUAUUAGAGUUACUUAGAGUUUGGUAUUAGAGAGUAUUUUAUUUAUAAUAUGUAUAUGUUAUAGUAUUGUUGUACUAGAUAUCGGGCUAGAUCUGAAUGGGAAGCAUGUGGUGAUAGGGUAUGCAGAUGAUCUAGCUUUGCUUGGAGAAACGAAACAAGAUGUUGCCGAGUCCGCUGCAGUCCUGGAAACCGAGGCCAAAAAGGUGGGCCUAAGUAUCAGCCAUGAAAAGUCAGAGUAUCUUCACAUGAAACGCUAUAAAAACACGCGCGUCAAAAGAGAAGGUCUUCAUGUUGGAGGUACCAUAUAUAAAGGGGUGGCCAAAUUUAGAUACUUAGGCUGCACCGUCACCGACACAAAUACUCGUGAGGAGGAAAUUGACAUCCGGGUUCAGAACGCCUUGCGAUGUAGUGCCGCCCUUCAUAAAGUGUUAGUGUCCAAACUCCUGAGCAAGAACAUAAAAAUACGUAUAUAUAAGACGGUCAUACGGCCCAUACUCAUGUACGGAUGCGAGACUUGGACACUGACACUUAAAGAAGAAAAUAAACUCCUGGUGACAGAAAGGAGAAUACUUCGAAAGAUCCUGGGCCCUGUGAGAAGAGAGGAUGGCAGCCUUAGACUCCGCAAAAACGUCGAGAUUGAAGAUCUUAUGGCUACACCCAAUAUUGUCGGCGAAACAAAAGCUCACCGUCUCCGCUGGCUUGGCCACGUUUUGAGAAUGGAGGAGGAUCGCGGCGCUAAAAGGGCAUACCUGGGACGCCCGGUAGGGCGGAGGCCUAUCGGACGUCCCAGAUAUCGCUGGGGCGAUGCUGUUGAAGCGGACUUGCGCGAUCUCCAGGCCGAUAACUGGCGGGAGAUGGCGCAGGAUCGAGACAACUGGCGUGUACUCGUGUCGGAGGCCAAGACUCAUUUUGGGUCGCUGCGCCAUUAAGUAGUAGUAGUAGUAGUAUA